AUGGACAGUGUGCUGGACCCUUUCUCUGCACUCGACUCUUUCUCCUCUCCUCCUUAUUUCGACGAUGACGACUUUUUCACCGACCACUCGUCAAGAGACGGACACUUGGACACUGAUGACUUUUUGGAGGACGACGUCGACUUCCUCACCAGUCAUUUCCAAGACUAUUACAGCAAAGACGACUGCAGCAGAGCAGCGCCUAAUGAUGGGGACUACGACAUCGGCAACAUGUCCUUUUCCUCCUCAUCCUCCACCUUCUCAUACGGCUGUGCGGACAGCACGUCGGACCUGUCCCCACAGACGGGCCAUCACGGCGGACCACUACUGAAGCGGAGGAGGCGGAUGCGGUCUGACAGGGAGAUGCAGCACUUGAGACAGGCGGCCAACGUCAGGGAGCGACGACGGAUGCAGUCCAUCAAUGACGCGUUCGAGGGUCUCCGCACCCACAUCCCCACUCUGCCCUACGAAAAGAGACUGUCCAAGGUGGACACUCUGCGGCUCGCCAUCGGCUACAUCAACUUCCUUGCCGAGCUUGUGCAAUCCGAUCUGCCAAUCAGAAACUCCAGCACUGAAAUCCACGUGCAACCCAAGAAAGUUAUCAUCUGUCACAGGGGAACAAGGUCUCCCUCCCCUAGCGACCCGGACUACGGCCUGCCUCCGCUGGCCGGUCACUCUCUGUCAUGGUCGGAUGAAAAACAACUCCGGGAGCAGAACAUCAUCCGCACUACCAAGGUCUGGACCCCUGAAGAUCCGAGAAAACGGCCCAACAAACCGGGCCACACGGAUAUUGAAAACGAGCCUCCUCUCGGCCUUGUGGCAAAUUACCAGUCCAUCUGA